GAAUUGGUAGUCCAACAUUCUGGGGUGGGCACAAGACCGUCCUGGGGUGGGCACGGCCCACUCGGCCCCCCCUCUAUAUACGCCUAUGUUACCGUUCAAGAUAACAAGCUACUUAUUGUUUUUUUUUUAUUAUGUUUUUUACCAUUUUCUUUUAUUAACGUUCUCGUUAAAGAUAAACAUUAAAUAGUUCACACGAGGUUGUAUUGUUACUAAGUCGGAAGGCACUGGUAUCUGCAAUACAGUUUUUUUUAAACUAUUGUAGAUUUCAACGCUCUAACCUAAUACCUAUUGUUAAUACUUACAACACUGCUAAAAUAAUGUAAAUACUAAAAUGUAUAACAAUUUAAAAAGAAAAAACUUCUUUUUAUUAUUUAUUAUAUAACUCUGUUUCGACAACGUAUCAGGGCAAGCGCCAUUGUAGACAUUAUUGUAUUCAAGUAGACCUUUCGAAUGAUAUGUAACACAUCUCUAUUGGAACGGAUACCAAGUUCCAUACAUUUUUGCCCAUCAUCCUUUAUAAAAUAAUAAUUAAUAUAGUAUAUUAAAAAUAGUAAUGCAUAUCAUAAGAAAUAAUAUUUAUACUGCCUGUCCAUGCUUAUAUCUCAUAAAAUGGAAUUUUAACAUAAUUAUUAAAAUAGAAGGAAAAGCAAAUGUGUACUUACAUCUGCUAGUUGAGCUUUAUUCAGUCCAUGCCUUGUUGGAACUUUAUAAUGUCUCUUGUAACGUCUUAGAGUAGGGACUUGCAAUUGGAACCAAUCUACUUCCGGUGAAUCCAUUUCAGCCUCAUUGCUAUCAUCUUCAGAAUCCUUCGGUCGUCUCUGCUUUGUUCUCGCGCACUGAAUCAUAUUUUUGUGGUAAUCACAAAUAUAAGUAUGCCUUGCCUGAAAAAUAGGACAGUUGAAAUAAAUAUGAUUUGACUUAAGAAGGGUAAACAUAAAAUAAAUUAUAGAAUUUGUUUUAAUGCACAGUACCUGAGGGUCUAUGUUGAGUUUAAGUUUUCGUUGCAUCACAGUCUUCUGUAUACGUUUACUAUACGCGGCAUUACUUGCUGGUCGCCUGCAGCGAUCGCCAUCAUCCACAAGGCAACAUAUUUGAUCAGAAUUACCUCUUGAAUCUUCUUCCCCUGUACUAAACCCGUUGUUCAUUUGAUACUCGCGUUGAAUCAUAUAUAACAAAUAUAUUGAACUUCGACAGUAGAAGUCGCACAAGGCGAUAGAAAAUAGUUCGACGUAUUCACAAAGACUCACUGUUGAGGUUAAGAUUUAUACUAACACCGAACAUUUCAAAGGGUUUAUUCUGUCACUAAAUUGGAAUCAGAUAGUCAGAACAUCUAGUAUAGCUCAACUACCGCAAAAAAGGAAAAACCUAUAAAGUAUAACCAAUGCACUUGUGCACAAAAUGUUCAUCACUUUUUCGUAUUUUUCAUUAAUUUAGUCAAAUAAACACAAGUAAAAGAUUGAACUCGAUAUAUUUCAAUGCUCACUGAUAUCUCUGUCUAUAGUGUCUAUAUAAAAAAAUCUUCAGUGUUAAAAUUUCUACCGCGAAUAAACAUGAACAGUACAGACUUGGCUGCGAACCAUCGCCAUUUGAAUUGAUCGAAUGAACGAGCAAACGAAAGUCGCAUUUUCGGUCAGCUUGAAUAUCUCUCAAUCAAACUAUCAUUACUACUCGUUCAUUCCUACAUCCGACAACUUAAUACUAUGACAUAAGAUCGAUAUUAGUACGGCAAUAAUCAUCCAGCCUUCCCUACGAACACAAAAAUAAUAGAACGUUGGGUGAAUGUGUGCAUCGUCGUCGUCACAAUAUGUCUACGUAGCGAUGUUGUAUUAUAAACAAAAAAUAAAGCCGACGCCUGAAAUCGGAUUGGCUACACUAUGGCGCGGCAUUCAAUUUAAACCAAUGAAAUUUUUUUGUGUUUGACAUUGCAUUGCUUUGGUAUUCAUUAAGACAAUCGCGAAGUUCUCUACGUAAUAAGCGCUGAAAUCGUGUGUCCGAUGUUAUAAACAGAGUAGGGGUUUAAGUGAUUCCUUUUACACGUGGUGAGCAAAUAAGUAUAUAUCAGCACCGUUGAUUAUGUCUGCUACGGUGAGUUAUUUAACGGCUACCGUUUCUUUUCAUUCAUGCUUAUAUCAAAGUGCUCAAGCACAUUUCUAGGCAGUAACAUAUCCAUUACUGUUAUUAUCAUGGGUUCGGAGAUGGUGCAUAAUAUUUUCUAAUCAAAUCAAACCUUUCAAUAUUAGUAAUGCACCUUUAUAAAUACAUCCAUACCAGUUUCUUGUUCGUCCUGCAUGAGUUAACAAAAAUUACUUUACUUCGUAAGUGCAUAAUUUCAUUUUAUUCGCAGUUAAAAUCGUAAUGGGUUUAUAUUUGCUUCAUAUGGGAAAAUAUCAUCAUACCUACAUGGCCUAUUUUAUUCAAUUCGAUUUAUGCAAUACUAUAAUAAAUAUUUUGAUUCAUAUUGUUUGGAUUUUUUGGUUUAUUAAUCAUAACCAGACCUAAUUAAACUUAAUUCGCUAUCUACUUAAAAGAACACAAAGCUUUGAUUCAUAUAAUUAGACUAUUGGCGUUUUAACAGAACAAAGAGUAGAACAAUAUUUCUCAUUACUUAAUGCUUAUUCCGAAUGAUAGGUUUUUAAAAAUAUCUCUACAAAAGAUUAUUCUUAAAACUUAGAAAAAUAUAAGAAAGGUUCGUUUCAAUAUUUAUUAAAAAAAAUCCAUGAACGUGGAUCGUAUGAGCUGCGCUAAUCGUCUUAUUGACCGGUUGCUGGACGAACUUGUUGCCGUUUCGUGCAUGUUCGGUGUCUCUUCGUGUAUAUUCGAUCGUUUCCGUAAUGGCCGCUGCGCGUUGAGGGCGCCUGUGUGCACUUGUAUAGCGUCUCGCUAUGCGACGUUGCCAGUUUUAUUGACUUAAGUACAAACGAAGACAAAACGUACGCGCGUGGAGUGGGACUUGCAGCCGGUAGCUUUUUCAUUUAACAACAAGAAAGACUCUGUGAAUAUUCGUUUUAUUUUAGUUCAAACAUUGUAGAAAAUGAAGUGUCAGGAUUGAAUACAAGAACUUUUUGUGAUAAAAAAUAUAUCUGUAUGUAGUGUCAGUGUACAUAAAUGAAAAUAAAAACCUAUAUGAGCAGUUAUUGUGAAAUAAACUGGAUAUAUGACAUGAUUCUCAUAAAAAACACACAAAGAAAGUCUUAAAAUUCUAGCCGAAAGGACAUAAAGAAACAGGUUGGCCUAAAGCGGCAAUCGUAACAUGGGGGACAGAGGCGCGACGGGAGGCGCUUGGGGUGCGCGCGACGAAGCCUCGUGGUGGCCGGGUGGCGCAGGUGAACUCCAGCACCAACAACAAAUUAAUGAAGAAAUUGCUCGAAGCACUGCCUCUGCUACUCAUCAACUUUAUACUUAUAAGAUGACUAGUGGCUUUUCCAAUAAUGGUGGAGACAAUUCCACAACAAAUUAUGACUACCGAUUAGUAUCGAAUUCAAAUACCAGAGAACAAUCUCCACAGCAACAAUGGUGGUAUGCUUCGGGAGCAGUUGAAGGACAACAUACAUCACAGGCAACGUCACAAAACCAGUCAAGUCCCGAUCGUGACCAGGGAAAUCAGCAAACGAAUGGUAUCCAGCAGAACCAACAAGUUUUACAGCAGCAAUCGCAAGAGCAAAACCAAGCGAUACAACAAAACCAACUGCAGCAGAUACAACAACAGAAUUUGCAGCAAGCAUUGCAACAGCAACAGCAGAGUCAGCAGCAGACCCUACAGCAAAUGCUACAGCAGCACCAACAGCAACAGUUGCAGCAGCAACAACAAAAAUUGCAACAACAGCAGCAACAACAGCAACAGCAGCAGCAGCAGCAGCAACAACAACAACAACAACAACAUCAUCAGCAAGCACUGCAACAGAGCAUACAGCAGACUCUGCAAGUGAGCCAGGCUCAGGCACAGGCUAUCGUACAAGCCCAAGCGGCCUUGCAGCAACAAGUCGCUCAGACAUUGCAGCAGCAACAGCAGUCGCUGCAUGAUCACAUGCAAGCAGUCCAACAGCAACAGAUACAAGCUGCUCUACAAAGACAAUCUGCCACUCUACAGGAGCUCCAGCAACAAGCGCAGCAGCAAGCUUUAGCUCAAGGCACAGUCACCAAAACAAGGAUGCCGCGUGCGAGGCCCUAUAAUAAGCCGCGUGGUCGUAUGACAGCUUACGCGUUCUUCGUACAAACCUGCCGCGAGGAACACAAGAAGAAACACCCGGAGGAGACUGUGAUAUUUGCUGCGUUCUCUAAGAAGUGUGCCGAGAGGUGGAAUACCAUGUCAGAAAAGGAGAAGGAGCGGUUCCAUGAGAUGGCAGAGCAGGACAAAGUCAGGCACGACUUGGAGAUGCGCAAUUACGUGCCGCCCAAGGACGUGAAGGUGCGCGGGCGCAAGCGGCAAGUGAAGGACCCCAACGCGCCCAAGAGAUCUCUGUCGGCGUUCUUCUGGUUCUGCAACGACGAACGCUCUAAAGUGAAGGCUAACAACCCCAUGUUCACUAUGGGCGACAUCGCCAAGGAGCUCGGUCGUCUGUGGGCCGCCGCCGACCCGCAGACCAAGUCGAAAUACGAGGCGUUGUCCGAGCAAGACAAGGCGCGGUAUGACAAGGAGAUGACAGCAUACAAAAUGGGUCACUUAGCGUUAGCAAAACAACAGCAAGAGGAAGAAGAAGCGGAGUAUGAAGGAGAAGCAGAAUAUGAAGGUGGUGUCCCAGACCCAGCAGCGGCAGGGUUAAACGAUGGCUUAAGGGGUAUCCUCUAAAGAACAUCAUCGUUAUGACUUGCCUGCCUUCGUGUCUGGAUUGCCAGAUUCGAAUGUUAUGAGUUCGAGAGCCACCUCUUCAUCACUUUCUUGGUCUAUCGCUCAUUAGCUAACAAUAUCGUGAUUUCAUCGCAAUUUCAAAUGAAAGAAGCAAUAAUGUUAUACUAGUUUUUCGCCACAGUGGACCGAAGUUCUUCAUCACCUUGCCUUAUUCAGUUCCUGUCUUCGAAGGAAGGUAAAUUGACGACAACUUUAUGAACUUAACUUCUUAGCUCUUCGUAUUACGAAAUCUUAACUGCAGAAAACGUACUCUUGAAAUCAACAUUAGAUAUAUCGUGAAUUUUUCUUGUGUCCUUUUCUAAGGCAAUAAAAGUUAUGUAAGUAAGAGUACGAUGAAAAACAAUGGCGAUAUAUCGAAAGUCAACUUUAAGGAUACUUAGACUUUUAUGAGUGCUUGUAACAGCCCAAACUGAAUAAACUAUUUUGGAACUUGAAUUUAAAGAUCUGGAGAUUCUGACGGCCUCUUCAAGGUGGUAAGCAAAUCUGACUAAAUUCUUUACUGCUGAUUUAUGUACUAAGAACACAAGCCAAUGUUUAAAUAUUUGAUAGGUCGAAACCGGUAUUAUAUUACCAGUGACAUUCAGAGUUCAUACAAAAAUAAAAACGACGACCUGGCCAAAAGUUCGUCGUUACGUUACGAUGUUUAAAUUUUAUACUCUUAAAUACAAUCUGAAACAUCCUAAUUAAGUCAGUCAAUCAGGUACGUACUGUGACGGAAAAUUGAGAGUUCCAGAUUCUUAUUGACUGUAAUCUCAGUUUUAAUGGAGAACCAGACAGAGCUUUUACAAGAGCUAUUUAAUAGACCAAGACUUGAACACAUUUUAAAGUAUUUGACGUUUCAUGAUCUCCGUGCUUUGGUUGUCCAUCGUAGUUUGUGUACUUUUUAUUAUUAUUAUUAUUAUAAUUGUUUAUCUCUCACACAAUACAAAUUAUUAUUAUUUAAGUAUUACAAAACGUUGACUAGGAUUAUUUCGAUCUAAAAAUUAUCAUUGCUUGCUGAAAGGUUUUCUAAUGGAACAGAGGUAUUUUAUGAUUUAUACUGGUACUUCACAUAUUAGUAUUUGAUAUUUGUAAAUUUGACAGCAGUCUCUUUUCAUUCCUAAAGCAAGAAGGAAAAAAUACUGUUAGAAUUACAAUUAGCAAAAACAAAAAGUCUUAUGAAGUGCUUCACUUUUUGUGCUAAGCGGGCUCAAAUUUCACUUUUUAUUUUUUAAUAAUAAUAUUUGUGGAGUCCAAUGACCUUACGCGGCGCAAAAGCUUCCUUUGCUUUGCUAUUUUGUGAGAACAAACUCAAUUUUCAACUCGGAAUCCGCGGUGUUAUUUAAAACUAGAAUACAAAUCUAUAUUCAUAAAAAACAAUUGGUGUUCGUUAGUCUCGCUAAAACUCGAGAACGGCUGAACGGAUUUAUCUUGAAAUGUUCGUGAGAAAAAAAAAAUAUAUAAAGAAAUUCAUUGUGUAUAAUACAAGCCUGAGAACAAAAACUAUAGUCUACCUACACUACAGCUCUACAACGAAGCGAAGAAGAGAGAGAAGCCACUAGUUUCAAAUAAAUUUAAAAUUAUACCGGCGAAUUCAGCGGUGAAAAGUGAGUUUGUUAUUACAGAUUACUGUAGAAUGAAAUCUUGAAGUUCGACCGAGUGAAUGUUGCCGAUGGCUCAUAUAUUUUAUUUUGGAUUAAGUACCUACUGUUGUAAAUACAAUUGUAAUCGAAUUGUUUUAUUUUAAAAUAUACUGAGGGUCGCACGCAGGGACUUCAAUUAAAUUUAACACUUGUCACAGUGAGGUGUCGUCCUUAUUCUAGUUAUCCUAAAGAAAGUGACAGCAGUGACUUUAUUGAAACUUAAAAUUAAUUGCCGCCUCUGAGUGCGACGUUUGAGGGAAACAAAUGAAUACUAAGUAAUUUUUGGAUCUUUUUGACGUCAAAAGAUUUUAUAGGAAAUUUUAUAAAGUGAAUAAUUGUCUGUUUAUAAACUUUGGUGGGAUAAGUAAGAGUAUAAAAUAAAUCUAGUUUGGAAGAGAUUAUUAUGUUUAAGGUGAAAUCAUUGGUGAUUAAUUUAUUUUAACAUUGCUUGCCCAGUAUACUCUUCCAUUUGUUGAAAUUUGGUUAUGUUGUAGUCGAUCGAUGAUUUGGUUGUGUUUUUGUUUUAAUAUUGCCUAAUGCAACGAUUUAUAGCAUUUAUACGAAACGGAGGUACGAACCUUGAAAAUUAAAAUUAAAAAUAUACAUACAAGAAAAAUAGCCAAGCUGCCAUACAUGAUUUUGCUUACUAAUUACAUUUGUUCAUAAUUUUUUAGGCCCGUAUUAUAGAAAGAUUCUCAGUAAUUAAUCUAGUCUUGAACAUAGUUAGAAAGGGAUGUCGCUAUAUAUAGCACAUAGCGAUAUCCCUUUCUAACUGUACUCAAGUAAAGAUCAACACUUAGUUGUCAUUCUGUAAUAUGGGCCUUAAUAACUCGAAUACUAGCACAUAUGGAAGAUUAAAAAAAACGUUUGCCUCCAUUUAUUUAUUUAAGCUCUAGCAGUACUUAGUCCAUUAAUAACUUCUAAAUGUUAAUUAAUGUUAGAAAAUAAAAUGAUAUGUUGGCCAUCUUGAUUGCUUUAUGUUGACUGGUCACUAGAUUCUAAGAUCUGGGGUCUCUCUGUUAAUUUCGUUCUGUAAUAUCCAUUAUUUUGUAACUAUUUCAAAUUAGUUAACUAAUCUAAAACAAACCUUAUUGGUAUUUUUUUUGAGCCUUUGCUGGCUGUGAAUACUGUUAGUUAAUAUUAUUGAAUAUCACUUAUUAAAAUGUAACGGCGGUUACGUCGAAGUUAACGUGUCGAUAGAAUAAGUACGGCGUGAACAAUACAUUGUCGAUAAAUCUUUUCAUAAGACUGAAAUACACGGGUUUAGUGAACGGUAUCUCUCAUCGCGAUGUAAGAAAUGUUCUUUAAUAUACUAACAAGAUCGCUAAUUUAGUACAUUUUAACAGUAUUCAUACACGUAAGUACAAAUAUAUAAAGAAAAUUAUUUGUGGUACACGGACACUAGCAAAAGCAUUUCUUAAUUUAAAAAGUGCUGUGAUUAAGAUAAAUUAAGGAGUUGCUUGUUAAUUUUCAAUAAUCUGAACAGAACAAUAUUUCAUUUAUCUCACUGAGAAUAACUUAUUGAAAAUGCACGUUCUACGAUAAUGCAAUGUUAUUGUAAACGAUUUGUCUUACUUUCUGUUAUAGUACUCUAAUAACAAUAUUGGCCUUAAUUAUAUUUUUAAGAUGAAAUUGCCAGAGAACACACCCGAGAUGACCAUAAUAGCAUUUUUUUUUUAAAUAGCUUUCUCAACUUACAUUUUUACAGGCAGAAAACCACAGUGGUAGUAAUGCUUACAACGACAUUUAUAUUGAAGCGUACCUUUUAGACUUUUUUACAAUUUUUAUCCAACAAAAAGUCUAAAAGGUGACGCCGACUGUGCUCAUGUAUCAAUAUUGUCUAAUUUCUGAUUGUAUCGACAAUUUAUAAUACAUACCUUUUAUAUUAUUAUAGAUAUUAUUUUUAUAAAUCAUUCAUGCUACAGUAAUCUAGAUAACCCAAGUUAUUUAGGAAAGUCUUGUUCUUUUAAAUUAUAUUUGGGCAAAUUGUCUCGUGGUUAGGGCUAAAUGCUUUAGGGCAAAUACAAUACUGCAACAGUGGCAACGGAAUUAUUGUUUGUAGAAUUAAUUAUAUGUUAAAUCUUAAGCAUUUAUCUCGGAGUAUAGUAAAACCUCUUUCUAAAUUUGCGUAUUAAUGAGCUAUAAUUAUGUUUGUUUUAAAAAGUAGUUUUCUACUAAAGUAUUAAGAAUUUAGAGUAAAACACUGCGCUCUGUUUUCAGUUAUACAUAAGUAGGGGAAACCACCUAAUCAUUGGCACUCUUCCUAUUAUUGGCGCUUUUGAGUUUAAUUCAAAAAGAAGGAGACAAUAGAUUUUUCGAGGUCGUUACAUAUUAUUAAGAAAAACCUAGUAUGGUUUCGAAAUUUGAAAAUUGCCAGCAUCUCUUAUCUAUUAGACAAGUCCGUCUGUUUGUGGUGCUGUUUCAGCGGCCAAACCGUAAGAGAUAGAUAAAGAGAAUAUUUAAGUUAUAAGUUAAGAAUAGUCUGAUAAGACUACAAACCGGAUUUGAGUAACGUAGCACUUCCGGUUUUCGAGAAAUCAGGUUUUGGUGAACAUUUGGUUCACUGGUUUGCUAGUUAUUCCUAUAAUCUAUUGUUUCCUGGUAUUUUCGAAAUAAACUCAAAAGUGCCAAUAAUAGGAAGAAGGCCAAUGAUUGGGACUUAAGUAAAGGCAAAGGUUUCAAAUUAUUUGAUCCAGGGCUGGAAGUGGUUAAUCAUCGAAUCACUUAUUCUGUUUUGACAUUGACACUAGUUACAACAUGAUCGGAUCUUUGAAAAUGUAUCUUGUUUUGACAGUUUUGAACUGUUGAUACUAGUGAUAGCUACAAGUCGUUGUGCAAUAAAUCAGUAUCUUUGUGUAGGUACUUUGUUUUUCUAUGUGGUGUUUUUAUUUGUAUUAAAUAUACAACAUUCAAAAGUUAAAGAUGUGGCCUUAAACCAAUGUAUUUUUCAACUCAUUCAGCAAUACAUUAAAAUCAGAACAAAAAAGCAAUCUUAUUAUAAGAGUCCAUAGAAAGAUUAGUUUAACUUAACGUAAAAUGCUUGCAAACUUCUGAGAGUGCGUGACGAGAUGAGCGAUCGAGCUAAGGUUUUGUUAAUUUUGACGAAAAAAAAUUGUACAUAGUUAAAUUAUAUUCCUUUAUUUUACUUUAGAUAUUUUAUAAUUUUGUUUAAAAACAUGUUGUUUACAAUAAAAAAAAUGUGUACUUGUGUGAGAUAACAUUUUGAUGAAACUAAUAGAUUAGUUAACAGUGUAAAUAUCGAUGACUGGCAAUCGUGAUAGUACUUAAAUUUACUAAUGGUAGUCUACAACUUGAGUAUUGCUAGAUUCUCCUCUAUGCCUCGAAAUACAUAAGAAUAUUAUUUUAUAUCGUUUCAAAGGACUGUCUGUUUUGUGAUCGUAAAUCUUUUAUGAAAUUCCACAGGAGUAACUAGUUCCAUUUACUGUAAAAUGUUACACUUAGUGGUUUCGUAUUAUUUUAAGGUUACAACGUGUAAUUGGGACGAUAUUGUAUUGAAUUUGUGAAUAGGUCACUCUGUACAUAACAAUAUAGUAAAUCCUUUACACAA